GGAAGCUUAAUCCAAAACGACGACUGAGUUGGCGCCGGCGGCAGGACUUCUGCAAUAGCGAGAAUUGGGUGAUAGAGCUGCAGUCUUAGUCAUUCAUUCCAUUUUGUGGUUUCAGGUUUAUGACCCGAAGCAACCCGGAGGACUUGAUACCGAGAGACGACAACAUAAACCACACCCUCCGACUCCUUGCAAGGGAGAGGGAGCUAAGAGAAGCAAGGGAGAGACUUCAAUUUCGAGCCCAACCUCAAAUUGAAGCUCGAGUUGUAAUGCUUUGGCUGCUCUUUACUUUUGUUUACAUGGUAUUUGAUUUGAUGUACUACUAGCUCUGUUCCUAC